AUUGACGUGACAGGGAUUCCUGGAAAUACCAAUACAACCUUCACAAACGGCUCCACUGAGGAUGCACGAUGGGCACAUGAGAAGGAGCCUUAGGCCAUUGGAUACUGACUAUGCCCUAUAGGAACCCACUGUGGACCAGCAGAUACCCCAAACUGGCGAACAUAACAAACCCACUGGAACCAGCAGGCAAUCAAAUCUACAACAACAUCUUUUACAACAUUCGUGGGAUCCCCUAUAUCUUUUACAAAGGUCGCGGUAUAGAGAAACCAGAGUACUUCUACAUUCACGAUAAUCAUAAGUCCAUAUCGCCAACUGACUUCUGGUCACCUGAGGAUGCUGACUUCCGGGUCAGAUGUCAUGCGCAAGAGUGGGCCAACGCCAUUAACUUCCCCCAGCCAAUAGACGUGAACCACGUGGGACCUCGCUAUGCUACAGGGCCUGUCUACAUGCACCAAGCCAGACAAACUAAGACGCCCCCAGUUCAAGCUCCUGCAUGUGCCGGGACCGUCGCCCCAGCAACAAAGACACCACAGACGCCAUACUUCUCAGAUGGUUCUGGUCCUAACACACUCUACCCAAAUAUCCCAAAGCAAGGUUGUUGGUUGAUCUACUCCGGGUGCCCGUCCCACCCCAUCAGUGGCACACAGCGGGACGUGUGGGGGAGCAGCAUGAGCAGACUGGGGUAAAGGAGGAGAACUGUCUGAAACGGGCAGCCAGACAGUGGCAGUAUUGUGGCUCACCGGACAACGAAACUGUCACUGUAGUCUUCGGGCCUACAGGCGCUGCUACUCCGCCAACUACGGGUGUCCCAAACAUGGCGGUUUCCAUCCCGGGAGACUGGUGGUAGAUGGCAAGGGGGAGACCCAUGGCGGACUGACAGACGAGGAGAAGUGUCUGGCUAGAGCAGAUGUCCAGUGGGUCAAUUGUGGGUCCGAUCCUGCUCAUCCCUACACAAGCAUCUAUG